CAACCUGCGCGCCAUGCCGCCAAGCUCAAAUUAGGGCACUCGUUAAAGGAGUGGGAACAACCUCUGCACCCGGCAGCCGCCGCCGGCCAAGACCCGCAACACCUUCCAAAGUGUCCAUUCAACCAUUAGCUCUAUGUUUCUUUGAAUGGCACUAGAAUUUUGCUUCAACGCACUUACGUCAAAACCUAUCUUGUUUCUCCGGUCGAUCAUCUCAAGUUGCUUUAGCCUGGGAAAUAUGCCGCUGGCGAGGCGCUAUAAGUGUUCGGCUCUUGAAUUUGAGAUUAUUGGGAAGUUCAAUCGUGCUCGAGCAGCCCGUCUCACACUUCCUCAUCAUGUGUGCCAAACUCCUCUUUUUAUGCCUGUUGGAACUCAAGGGACCAUAAAAGGCUUGACCACCAACCAGCUUCAAGACAUUGGCUGUCAAAUAAUACUUGGAAACACCUACCACCUGGAACUACGCCCUACCUCUGAACUUAUUGAUGAGCUUGGGGGUCUCCACAAAUUUAUGAACUGGCCAAGGGCUUUACUGACUGAUUCAGGAGGCUUUCAAAUGGUUUCUUUAUUACAUUUAGCUGAUAUUACUGAAGAGGGUGUAACUUUUCAGUCUCCUGUGGAUGGGAAACCAAUGCUUCUUACACCUGAAGAGUCGAUACACAUACAAAACCGAAUAGGAGCCGAUAUUAUCAUGGCUCUUGAUGAUGUUGUAAAAACCACAAUAACAGGUCCAAGAAUUGAGGAGGCUAUGUAUCGAACUCUUCGCUGGAUAGACAGCUCACAAAAGACCACAUGAUCAGAAUUUAUUUGGCAUUGUCCAAGGUGGUUUAGAUCCCGUGCUAAGGGAUAUCUGUGUCAAGGGUCUGGUUGAUCGCAAUUUGCCUGGAUGCAUUGGAAUUUCAAAGGUUUUCAAUACGAACUUACCCCAUAAAGACUGACAAAAGCA